UGCGCGCGGCCGUGGCGUCGGGAUUGACUGCGCGCUCCCUCCAGUGCGGUUAGCUCGGUGACGGCGUUCACGGCUGCUCGAUGGUUUACGGCGGAAAGCGGACGGGAAGCGGGAUGAGACUGCUGUGACCCUUGAGCCAGGCUUCAGCUACAGUGAGAGGACCAGGAGCCGCUCCGCCGGGCACAACAGGUGAGAGGCUGAGUGAGCGAGCGAGCCUGUGACAGAAGCACAAAGAGAGAGAGAGAGAGAGAGGCCAUGGACCAUCAGAGACAGAGGACUCUGUCCACAUCAGGAGAGUCGCUGUACGCCGUGCUCGGGGUCGACAAGAACGCCACCACAGAGGACAUCAAGAAAUGCUACAGGAAGCUGGCGCUGAAGUUUCACCCGGACAAAAACCCGGACAACCCGGACGCGGCCGAGAAGUUUAAAGAAAUAAACAACGCUCACUCCAUCCUGGCCGAUGCCACCAAGAAGAACAUCUACGACAAAUACGGCUCCCUGGGGCUGUACGUGGCCGAGCAGUUUGGAGAGGAGAACGUCAACACCUACUUCGUUCUGUCCAGCUGGUGGGCCAAGGCCCUGUUCGUCUUCUGCUGCCUGGCCACCGGCUGUUAUUUCUGCUGCUGCCUGUGUUGCUGCUGUAACUGUUGCUGCGGGAAGUUUAAACCUCGGCCGCCCAUGGACCAGGAGCCCGAAUUCUACGUCUCCCCCGAGGACCUGGAGGCCCAGAUGACGGCCGAGGAGAGAGAUGGCAGUGACCCCAUCGUGAUGCAGCCGUCUUCAGCCACAGAAACCACUCAGCUCACCUCUGAUGCCCACCACAGCUACAAGACCGAUGCAUACUAAACACACACACACACACACACACACGCUCCAGAAAAUCCCACCCAACUGCACUCACAAUGAGCUCAGCCCAGAUUUUUUCACGUUUCCAUUUCUGAGGUGAGACGAGGAAGAGGAGGGAGGAAACCUGGAGGGGAGAAAAUAAACUCCUGCUUUAACUCUUUGUAGUCUCAAUGUGGUUUGGAGCUCCAGAUUCAUGCAGCUGUUGUCCUUCAGGUCACUAACAGGUGAAAAAUGCCCAAAAUCCAGCUGACCAAUCACAGCAGAGGAGGGGCGGGACAAACACUACACCCAGUUAUUACUUCCUGUACCAACAAUUGAGCAGUGUUGGGGUUUUUAACUCUAAAAGUAAUGGAUUACACAUUACUGGUUACUUCAAAGUAAUGCAGUACGUUACUCAGUUACUGGUCAGAGGAAGUAACUCGUUACACUACUUUCAUGGUAAAAUGGCCUGAAACACAUCGUCUCACAUCGUCUCACAUUACAUUAACAAUAUAAACCUGAGGCUACACACACCUGUCCUAAUGAGGACACACACACACACUCAUAGGUAUGAACACAAAACCAACACCACAAAGAGACUUCAGAGCUGCAGUGAUUCUGCAGCAGGCCGACUGCUCAUCACCACCUGUGUUACCUGCUGAAGGUCAGGCUGGGGUCGCCGCACCCUCAGCUUUAUCAUCACUCUGGGUUUGCAAAGACCUGCAGGUGUGUUAGUGCUAUAAUGCAGUUGUUCCUGUCCUGGGCACGGUCAUCUCACCAUCACACUCGUGUCCUUUGGUGACGUCCAUCGUUUUCUCCUCCCUGCACCAAAUCAGCUGGUUUUAAAAAUCUGGAGAACGAAUCAGGAAAUAAAACUUUCCAACAAAACAUGAAGAGUUUCCCACAGAGAACAUCCACAUUCAUUCAGUACUUUACACACAGCUGGAUGUUAACCCCCCGCUUCAUGUGACGUCCGCUCAGCUACUUCAUUCUGUAAUCGCACUGCUUUAGUUUGUCAGCAGUAAUUCUUGUGCUGAACUCCGGUUUCCUCCUCUGAGCUUCGUCUCUCCUCCUCCUCCCUUCGUGUCUGUCUUCCACAGAUGAAGCAUUGAGUUGUGUGUUGUUGUGUACAGACACCGAUCGAGCCCCUUUUUGUUUGUAGUUUUGUGUGUGGAGGUAAAGAUGCUGCACGUUGUGUAACGGAUCGUUAGACCUCACAGUUGUUCUGUCUCUAGGUUUGCUUUGUUUUUAUUUAUGGUGUUAAUGAAGGGACGCUUUCACAUCCAAAGUCUUAUUAUUGCUGAGACGAGCAGUUUUCUAGCAGAAACAAUCAGUUUAUACCAAUCAGAUGUUUUAUUUUGUAGCUCUUCGAUCGUGGUAGGAGAACAGGAGCGUUCCCGCUGGUUCGUAUCUGUAGAUUCGUUUUUGUAAAAACAAAAAAAAAAAAAAAAAAAACAGGCUAAAUUUCUUCACAUCUCGAUGCUCGAUCAAACACACACUCAUGUGUUCAUACGCAUCAUGAGAGAGUGCGAUACGAGCUGCCCGGUCCACUCCUGACGGGUCUGAGGGAAGGUUUCCUUUUCCUAAACACAUUUAAACUUUGCCUCCUUCGGUUUCCAUCAUCCGGUUAAAAAAAACGUUUUAAGGGCCUCUGAAGGCGUUUCGGUGAAACCUGCAGACAUCUUGUUACCUGAUUGGCUUUUAAACCUUCUGACCAACCAGGAGUCGGCAUCAAAUAAUAAUACCUGGUGUUUGUGUGAAAUAGCAGCCAGAUGGUGAUAAUGACCCGUUAUUUUAUUUAUUUUGAUUUUCUGAUCUCUGUAAUGAUUGAAGUAGCCGCUGCGUGCAGAGGAUGCAGACACGUUUAGAUGUGAGCCGCUCCGACGGCGAGCUGAAAAAUGGUGGGCGUGCAUAGGCGCGGCGGCGUAGCGGUUUCUGUUUGUAGCGUGGACGUUUGCCUGAAUCAUGUAUCUGAUGUACUGUUGUAAAUAAAUGUUUCUGAUGCUUCAGA